CAUUUUUCAUACAUUGAAAGUUAUUUAUAGAAUCUGGGAAGCGAAGUCUGUACCGUCUUCUAUUAUCAUUGAAACACUCGACGUCGACUUAAGUCUACCUCGUGAAAAGAAAUGGCUCGUACAAAGCAGACUGCUCGUAAAUCCACUGGUGGAAAGGCCCCGCGUAAGCAGUUGGCCACCAAGGCAGCGCGUAAAAGCGCGCCAUCAACUGGAGGCGUGAAGAAGCCCCAUCGUUACAGGCCUGGAACUGUAGCUCUCAGAGAGAUUCGUCGUUAUCAGAAGUCCACAGAGUUGCUGAUCCGCAAGUUGCCAUUCCAGAGACUUGUCCGUGAAAUCGCACAGGACUUCAAAACUGAUCUCAGGUUCCAGAGUGCUGCCAUUGGGGCUCUGCAGGAAGCCAGUGAGGCAUAUUUGGUUGGAUUAUUUGAGGACACCAACUUGUGUGCCAUCCAUGCUAAGCGUGUCACCAUUAUGCCCAAGGAUAUCCAGCUGGCUAGGAGAAUCCGUGGAGAGAGAGCUUAACAUGUUCAUAUUGACUGACUUUUUAGACUUCAUGUUUCAACAAUCUCACCAAUCAUGAGACCAAACGCAUCAUCAAUUUAUCCACAUUUCUAGGAGGGAUUUUAUACUGCAUAGUGGAAUAUUUCCUUUAGUGCGUGUCUAGUAGCAUUUUUAAUGGACUAUUCUUCUUAACUUAUUGUGCUGCUUUCGUCUUGUGGCUGUAUUUUGAAAUGAGGUGGCCAAAUGUGCACGGAAGAAUGUGAAACUACAUCGACCAUUCGAGAGUGAUUGGAGAGCCACAAUUUCAAACUAUGUGUAUGAUAGCGUAAAAAAAAGUAUAUUUUAUUUUGUACAAUCUUUGUUAGUAAACUAUUUAACCAUAGAUGAUUCUUUUGAUAUUACAAAUUUUCAGUGUAGGUUAACCAGGAGAUUUAGCAAUAACAUAUGACCUCAAAAUGGAAGAUCUCAUGAAAUAAAAAAAAAUCCUCACUGAAUAAGACCAGAUUUAAAAGUGAGUACGGGUACCUGCACGUGACUCCACGGAAAUUUCCAAAAGUGACCAACAUUUCGAUUGUAUUUGGAAUAAAUUUCUUUUACCCUGA